CGCCGCCGCCGCCGCCGCCGCCGCCGCCGUCGCCGGGAUGUGACCUUCAGAGCCGCCUGCACGGGAUGAGCGGAGCCACCGCCCCGCGGCGCCCGCGGCUCGCCACGGCCUCCCGGGCGCUCUGAGAGCGCGCGCUCCCGGCCCGGUCGCGGUCCCCGGCCCUCGCCCCGCGCUCGCCCCGGCCCGGCCCCGCCAUGCCGCCGCCGCCCGCGCUCGCCGCUGCCCUGGGCACUGCGCUGCUUGUGCUCCUGCUGGCCUCCGAGUCCGCGCACACUGUGAUGCUGCGGGCGCGAGAGGCGGCGCAGUUCCUGCGGCCCCGGCAGCGACGCGCCUACCAGGUCUUCGAGGAGGCCAAGCAGGGCCACCUGGAGAGGGAAUGCAUUGAGGAGCUGUGCAGCCAGGAGGAGGCCCGGGAGGUGUUCGAGAACGACCCCGAGACGACUGCGUCAGUAGGCAUGGGCCUCCGCACAGCAAGAGCCCAGCUUUCGCCGCCUGCGUUCAGAACUUGCCUGACCAGUGCUCCCCAAACCCCUGCAACAAGGAGGGGACCCAAGUCUGCCAAGACCUCAUGGGCAACUUCUAUUGCCAGUGCAGAGCUGGCUGGGGCGGGCGGCUCUGUGACAGAGAUGUCAACGAGUGCAGCCAGCAGAAUGGGGGCUGCAACCAAAUAUGCCUCAACAAGCCCGGCAGCUUCCACUGCGCCUGCUACAGUGGCUAUGCGCUCACGGUGGACAGCAGGACCUGCCAAGAAGUUUUGUGCUGGUCGUUUGCUGGAGGGGCAAGAUGGACGGAACCUCAGGAAGAGCCUUGAUAACUUGUCAAUAGUGUGGUGUUUGAGUUCUGGUGGAGAGACCCAGGACGUGGACGAGUGUGCAGACGGCAGGGCCUGCGGGGAGGCGCGCUGCAGCAACCUGCCGGGCUCCUACGCCUGCCUCUGUGAUGAGGGCUACGCAUUCAGUCCCCAGGAGAAGGCCUGUCAAGAUGUGGACGAGUGUGCUGAGGGGCGCUGUGAGCAGGCCUGUGUCAACUCCCCAGGGGGCUACACCUGCCACUGUGACGGGCGUGGGGGCCUCAAGCUGUCCCCGGACAUGAACACCUGCGAGGACAUUUUGCCCUGCGUGCCUUUCAAUGUGGCCAAAAGCGUGAAGUCCUUGUACCUGGGCCGCAUGUUCAGCGGGACCCCCGUGAUCAGACUGCGCUUCAAAAGGCUGCAGCCCACCAGGCUGCUCGCUGAAUUCGACUUCAGGACCUUUGACCCCGAAGGGGUCCUGUUCUUUGCUGGAGGUCAUCAAGACAGUGCCUGGAUCGUGCUGGGCCUGCGGGCUGGCCGGCUGGAACUGCAGCUCCGCUACGGUGGUGUCGGCCGAGUCACCAGCAGCGGGCCUGUCAUCAACCAUGGCACAUGGCAGACGAUCUCUGUGGAGGAGCUGGACCGGAAUCUGGUCAUCAAGGUGAACAAGGAUGCCGUGAUGAAGAUCGCGGUGGCCGGGGACCUGUUUCAGCUGGACAGAGGACUGUAUCAUCUGAACCUGACCGUGGGAGGCAUUCCCUUCAAGGAGAAGGACCUGGUCCAGCCAAUAAACCCCCGUCUAGAUGGCUGUAUGAGGAGCUGGAACUGGCUGAGUGGCGAGGACACCACCAUCCAAGAAACGGUGAAAGCAAACUCCAAGAUGCAGUGUUUCUCCGUGACGGAGAGAGGGUCCUUCUACCCCGGGACCGGCUUUGCCUUCUACAGCCUCGAUUACACUCGGACGUCCGCGGCCGUCGGCACCGAGGCAGCCUGGGAAAUAGAGGUCGUGGCUUGGAUCCGCCCCGCCACUGACACAGGGGUGCUGCUCGCGCUGGUGGGCGGUGACCACGUGGUCGCCCUCUCCGUGGCCCUGGUUGACUACCACUCCACCAAGAAGCUCAAGAAGCAGCUGGUCGUCCUGGCUGUGGAGGGAGUCACCCUGGCCCUGAUGGAGAUCAAGGUCUGUGACGGCCAGGAGCACCGAGUGGCCGUCUCUGUGCAGAAGGGUGAGGCCACCCUGGAGGUGGACGGCACCAGGGGCCAGAGUGAAGUGAGCGCCGCGGGGCUGCAGGAAAGCCUGGCCGUGCUCGAGAGGCACCUACAGGGCUCUGUGCUCACCUUUGUUGGCGGACUUCCAGACGUGCCUGUGACCUCAGCGCCAGUCACGGCCUUCUACCGCGGCUGCAUGACCCUGGAGGUCAACCAGCAGACGCUGGACCUGGACGAGGCCGCCUACAAGCACAGUGACAUCACAUCACACUCCUGCCCCCCCGUCGAGCAGGCCAGCCCCUAGAGCAGCAGGAAGAGAAGGCCGCGGUGACCCCACCCACCUGCCCGCGUGAGCCUCUCCGGACCCCGCACCCCUGCAGGCCGCUUUCUCCGAGACUGUUCUUUGCCUUGUAACAUACGUGUAAAUAGUUGAGGGGACUAGUAUUAGUGACCCGAAGCUGCAGCCCCAACCCCCAAAGCCUCCUAGCGGGAGGCCGGAGGCAGGAGGCUGGCGCUCACCGGAGCAGACCCAGGAAAAUAAUUCUGUUAUUUUUAUUACCAAAUGCUUCUUUCUGGCCUGAAAACAUGGAAAAAUAAAACAUCUACAGAACCGUU